GACCGCUGGCGGAUGUUGCUGUGGUCUUAGCGGAGUGGACGCUCACGGGUAGGCGGGCCGCACAGGCGCAGAGAGCCCUGGCCACGCCGGCUAGGGUGGCCUCAGAACGGGAUGCGGUGACGCCCCGAAGCACCAUGGCAGCGGCAGACGAGCUGGCCUUCCACGAAUUCGAGGAAGCCACCAGUCUUCUAGCUGAGACCCCAGACGCUGCCACCACCAGCAGAAGUGGUCAGCUGGCCUCCCCGGGCCAUGUGGCUGUGGCCGUGGGCUCUGGUGGCACCUAUGGAGCUGAGGAUGACGAGGAGGAGGGUGAUAAGACAGCGCUGCUGCAGGAGGAGAAGCCGCAGCCCGGGUUCUGGACCUUCAGCUACUAUCAGAGGUUCUUUGACGUGGACACCGCCCAGGUCCUGGACAGGAUCAAAGGCUCAUUGCUGCCCCGGCCUGGUCACAACUUUGUACAACACCAUCUGCGGAAUCAUCCUGAUCUGUAUGGUCCCUUCUGGAUCUGCGCCACCUUGGCCUUCGUCCUGGCUGUCACCGGCAACCUGACACUGGUGCUGGCCCAGAGGAGGGACCCCUCCAUCCGCUACAGCCCCCAGUUCCACAAGGUGACCGUGGCGGGGAUCACCAUCUACUGCUACGCGUGGCUCGUGCCGCUGGCGCUGUGGGGCUUCCUGCGGUGGCGCCAGGGCGUGCGGGAGCGCGUGGGCCCCUACAGCCUCCUGGAGACGGUGUGCGUGUACGGCUACUCGCUCUUCGUCUUCAUCCCCAUGGUGGUCCUGUGGCUCAUUCCUGUGCCAUGGCUGCAGUGGCUAUUUGGGGCGCUGGCCCUGGCCCUGUCCACAGCUGGGCUGGUGCUCACCCUCUGGCCCGUCGUCCGCGAGGACACCAGGCUGGUGGCUGCGGCUCUCCUGUCCACCGUGGUGCUGCUGCACUUUCUCCUGGCCAUGGGCUCUCUAUUUCUUCCAGCCACUGCCUGCGGAGCAGGUGGCGCCUCCAGCCCAAGUGACAUCUCUGACCCUGCACACACAUCUGCCUCCCACCCUGGCCCGGUCUGUGGCCACCCCCUAGGAAGACGCAGCCCCGCCCCACACGUGAGGCACUGUCCCCCACUGGGGCAAGGGAGCAGCGAGGAGCCCCCUCCAGGCCGCACCACGGCGGCCACCUGCCUUGCCCCGACGGUGACCGAAGGCUCCCUGACUCCUCGAGACCACUCUGCUACUGUCCAGACUUUUCUUACAAAGCAAACACUUUUAUUUUCUAUGCAAAGGUGAUCCAGAGAAUUUAUAUAAAGGCAGGGAGGGCAGCCGAGCAGGGAGCUUCCAGGGCAGCUCGCAUGACACAGCCACAGGGCAGGGCCCGGGCCCGACAGGACCCCGCAGCGGGGUGGGGGUGCGCCAGGGGCCCCAGCCGUGCCUGGGGCACACGCAGCGGGCCUGGGCCUGGGCUUGGGCUGAGCCACACUUGAGAGAUCAGGGUGCUAGAAACAGGAGGGGGAAGAAGACUGCCUGUCCGAGACACGUUUCCUCGUUCGUUUAUUUUCUUUCCUUUUUUGGGAGGGAGAGGUCCCUGCGAGGCCGACCCCCAGCUGGGGAGGGCCGGGGUGCCUUGGCGGUAGUGGGGCCGGCGUCUGCGUCCGCGUCCGGAGGGAGCACACAGGCCUGGUCAGUCAGCUACGCGGGACACCUCCCGGUGCCGCGGCGCGGGGCGGGGGCGGGGGCGGCAGGGCGCGGGCAGGACAGCAGCAGAGGCGAGGACGGAGGCCUGCAGGCAGCCGCGGUCGGUGUACAUUCAAGUGUGAGGUGACCCUCGGGUGGGGCGGGCCGCCCUCGCCCACCACGGGGCCUGGGGCCGGGAGGGCCGCUGGCUGCGCCCGGCCGGCCGGGUUUCUCCGAGGGUCUGUGGAUUGACACUGGUUCUUUUCGUAAAAAAAUAAAAUUAAAAAAAGCAGCA